AUGACUUCAAGAUCGAAGAGCCAGAUCCUCGAUCUAGAGGCCGCCAACCACGAAAAUGAUACACAAAGAAGCGUUUUCUUCGUGAGCAAUGUGCACUGCGCAUCAUGCGUAGCAUAUGUUACUGAAGUGCUCUCUGAAAUCUCUACCGUCACCGGGAUCGAAGUCACGAUCUUAACGCACGAAGUGCGUGCUAGUCACAGCGCUACUGUUCGACCGACCAUCCUUGUAAACGCAUUAAUCCACGCCGCGUUCGAAGUACAAUAUGUAACGACCUUUGACUACCGAGGAGCGCUCGUCUCGGAACUCGAUACUUCCGCUUGGAACCACCGCGGCUCAGCACUUCUCUCCACACCCCGCAACUCGGUUUCUAGUAUAUCAUCGAACAUCAAAGAGCGAAUCCAGGCCAGCAGACAGAAACGACAUAUCGCCAACUGUGAUGCUUGCAAGAAAGAACAAAAUGUGAACACUUCUCCUCAUUCUUCUCGAACAGAGCUGGGAUAUUUGGCGGAGAAAUCUUCACACGCUGGCUAUCGUCGGUCAAGUAAGGGUCACGAGCGCGAUGUCUCUUUCUCAAAGCUUAAGCCAACGCCAGAGAAUGCAUUACAGGAGACAGCUUCGGUUGUCUCCUGCGAAAAACAAGUUGAACGCGACGUUCCUUGCUCAGAACAGCCCAGAUCGAGCCCUCCGGAUGACGAAUUUACGGCACUAAUUAGUAUUGGAGGAAUGAGUUGCGCAUCAUGUGCCAACAGCAUUACAAAUGAAGUUGAACAACUCGACUUCGUGAAGGAGAUCACAGUCAACCUUCUCACGAAUAGCGCCACAUUAAUUUACAUUGGACCCAGGGAAAAUGUUGACAAGAUCAUUGAACAAAUCGAGGAUAUCGGAUUCGAGGCGUCGCUCGACGAGGUGAACCCUAUUCCUAAGGCACCGACCCCUACAGAGUCCGCCGAAAUCUAUACCAGCGAGAUUGCCAUCACUGGUAUGACCUGUGGCUCUUGUAGUGGGGCAGUGACUCGCGGACUAGAAGAGCUGCCGUUCAUUCGAGAGGUUUCUGUCAACUUGCUUUCCCAUAGUGGAAGGGUCGAGUUUGAAGGCCGCGACAACCUUGAUAAAAUCAUAGAAAAGAUCGAAGACCUGGGAUAUGACGCUGCCGUCAAUAGUGUCUCUCCAGUGAUAGGCGUCCAAGAAAACUCUCAACCCGUCCAGUCCAGGACAAUCUCUAUCCGAGUGGAUGGAAUGUUCUGUCACCACUGCCCUCAGACUGUCUUGAAUGCAGUGGAAUCACUUUCCGAUGUCAGCAUUGAACAAGCCCUGUCCGAGAAAGAUCCCAUCCUCAAAGUCACAUAUGCCCCACGACCAUCUUCUCUUACCAUUCGAUCUCUUAUAUCCACUAUCAAUGCGGCGAAUGACGCAUUCCGCGCACAUGUAUACCACCCGCCCAGCAUUGAAGACCGUUCUCGUGCAAUUCAGCAUCAUGAACGCCGCCGCCUGUUGUUACGCCUGCUAUUCGUAUUCAUGAGUGCGAUUCCCACUUUUAUAAUCGGCAUUGUGUUCAUGUCUCUUGUCUCGUCCGACAAUCCCACUCGAAUGUAUCUAGAGGAAACAAUGUGGGCCGGUAGCGUGACCCGUACAGAAUGGGCACUGUUCAUCAUGGCAACCCCAGUGAUGUUCUACGGCACUGAUGUAUUCCAUGCCCGGGCCAUGAAGGAGAUCUAUGCCUUAUGGCGACCUGGAAGUCGGGUUCCCAUUUUGCGGAGAUUCUACCGUUUUGGUAGUAUGAACCUUCUGAUCUCUGCGGGCACAUCUGUUGCCUACAUCUCAUCCCUGGCCGUGCUCAUCGUUGAUGCGGUCGUUGGUACCAAGUCCAGUGCUCACAGCACGACCUAUUUCGACUCGGUGGUUUUCCUGACUCUUUUCAUUCUUGCUGGUCGGUUCCUAGAGGCAUACAGCAAAGCCAGAACCGGCGAUGCUGUCACGUCACUGGGUAACCUUCGACCCUCUGAGGCAUUGUUGAUCGAAGACACAUCCGUUAUCAAUGGAGAUGCCUCCGAUGGAACUGCUAUAGAGGGGAUGAAACGCACAAAUGUUGACCUCCUCGAAGUUGGUGACGUCGUCAGCAUUCCUCAUGGCGCCUCGCCUCCUGCCGACGGAACUGUCAUUGACACCUCCUCAUACCAAUUCGAUGAAAGCUCUUUGACUGGAGAAUCUCGACCAGUUAAGAAAACGCUUGAUGAUAGAGUGUAUACUGGCUCUGUGAAUGUCGGCCAGCCUGUACGCAUUCGCAUUACCGAGCUCGGUGGUUCGUCGAUGCUUGACCGAAUCAUUGCGGUGGUUCGUGAAGGCCAAAGCAAGCGUGCACCGCUCGAAAGAGUUGCCGAUCUUCUCACCUCGCAUUUCGUCCCUAUCAUCACGCUCAUUGCAAUCACCACCUUCGUCAUCUGGUUGGCUCUUGGUCACUCGGGUGUGCUUCCAACAGGUUAUCUUGAUGUCGCACAUGGCGGCUGGACAUUCUGGGCUCUUGAAUUUGCGAUCGCAGUAUUCGUUGUAGCUUGUCCCUGUGGCCUGGCUCUUGCUGCUCCUACUGCGCUAUUCGUUGGAGGUGGUCUAGCAGCAAAGCAUGGUAUCCUGGUCAAAGGCGGAGGCGAAGCCUUCCAAGAGGCUAGUCGCUUGGACGCCAUCGUCUUUGAUAAGACCGGCACACUUACCGAAGGCGGCAGCCUGAAGGUUUCCGAGCACCAAGUUUUGACUAGUGACCCGGAAUUUGCGAAAGUUGCAUGGGCGCUGACUCGAAAGAUGGAAGAGAGUAGCAACCAUCCAAUAGCCCAGGCAAUCACCGAUUUUUGCAAAUCCCAACCAUCCGCCACUGUCAAGUACUCCGAUGUCUAUGAGAUUUCCGGACAAGGCAUGAAAGGAACCUUCACCAUCGCUGGACCUGAGCACGAAGACGAAUACGAGGCCGCCAUUGGCAACGAACGUCUAUUGCACAGCGUCCUAUCUCCCGAAACAGAUACAUACUUCGUUUCCAACCUGCUGUCGAAAUACCAAUCAGCAGGAAAAUCAACUGCAGUUCUCUCCAUCCGCCAUGUCAACUCCCAAUCCCGCGAACCAUCAAAGUUCACCCCAGCAAUCGUGCUGGCGACAUCCGACACAAUCCGCCCUGAAGCCGUCGACAUCAUCGCCCAGCUUAAGAAACGCCGUGUCGAUGUUUACAUGUGUACAGGCGAUAACCAAACAACCGCCCACGCUGUCGCAGACAUGCUAGGAAUCUCUCGAUCAAAUGUGAUGGCCAAUGUCCUACCAGCAGAGAAAGCAACUUUCGUCCGCCAGAUCCAGGAAAAAUCUUCAGAUACACCUGCAAAUAAUAACACCAAGCCAAUCCGCCCCAUCGUCGCUUUCGUCGGUGAUGGCGUGAACGACUCCCCAGCUUUGGCUGCAGCAGAUGUAAGCAUCGCGAUGGCCUCCGGUUCAGACGUGGCAAUCAAUUCCGCGAGCUUCAUCCUACUAAACUCAGAUCUGAGCACCAUCUUACAACUCGUCCUGCUGAGUCGCCGUGUGUUCAACCGCGUGCGCAUGAACUUUGGCUGGGCGGUUAUAUACAACAUCUGUCUUGUGCCUGUUGCGGCUGGUGUCUUCUAUCCCAUUGUCAGUGGACACCAUUAUAAGUCUGUCGGCGGGGAGAUGGUCAUGGUUGAUGAGCAUUGGAGAUUUAGUCCUAUUUGGGCUGCCUUGGCUAUGGCUUUGAGUAGCAUUUCUGUUGUUUUGAGCAGUCUUGCUUUGAGGAUUGACAUGGGCAGUAUUAUGAGGGUUUUUGGAAGGGGUAAAUAA